GUUCGUUUACACGCUUCUUACAUCUUUUGAAGAACUUUAACUCCAGUUUGCGUUCGGGAAUACAACCAGGAUGCGGCAGAACUUGUGUUUUGGUGCAGACGACUGUAGCUCCUUGUCGUGCGCCGCUGUGCUGCGGGUGCUCGUGCUGGCCACGCUCUUACCCGCUUCGGUUCUGCUUGCGUCCGGACAGCAGGAGAAUCGUGAUAUUGCGAAGGCGAACCUCACAGCGUGGUAUAGCGCAAAGACCGGCACUAGUAGCGAGCAAAGGGGGAAACGUGAUGAAGUCACCGCAUUCAAUCCACACGGAGAAACGUUUACCGCGGAGUUCUAUCGGCAAUUAGGCGAAUUUGCGCUGGAGAACCGGUUUGCCUCGUACCUCGAGCUCGGCUGUGGCGCGGGAGAAGCUAGUCGUAGAGUGGUUCCGACAGUGCGCACCAAGUCCGUCCUUGUCGACAACCGAAACGUGGACGCUUGCCAAGCGGCCAUCCGAGACCAGCCAAACGCGUUUUUUGUCGACGCUGACCUGUAUUCGAGCAGCUCCUACGGCUGGCCGCUGAUCCGGAAAAACGGGCCGUACGACUUUAUUCUUGUGCAUGCCAGCCACCUUCGAGAUCGGGUUGUUUCAGACGUUCUGAACCUGUUGUUGCUUGAGGUGAGGGAAGAUGAAAACGGGGAAUCAACUGCACGGAGUGCUGUGACGGCAGAGGCUACAGGGGGGGCGAAGAUCGUCGGACCGGGAACACAGAUUCUCUUUCCGGACUAUGGAAAUACGAAAAGCCGUGGCAGUGAGCCCGAGCGCUUCGACCCGGGUGUGCGCGAGGCUGUGGACUUUUUUCUGGAGAAGAAACUCUUAAAGGAUUGCUCUGGCUUCGGGUUUUUCUACGAUGAUGUUGAGAAUUGGAAUGAUGGUCAUCUCGCAGAAAAUGCGAGACAAGCACAGCCGCAACGUGCGGCGGCAGCCGGGGUCCUUCGCAAUUCGCGGUACGCGCUCGAGCUGGAAAAUGGCUACUACAACGGCAUGGAGAAAUGGGUGCAGGGAUGGGAAGCGAUUCUGUGCGCGGUGGAUUUUUCUGAGGUGGAGAAGCAGCAGGCUUCGCUCCUUCAUUACCGGUUUGUAUCAAGUUGAAAAAUGCCCCCACCCCCGAACUUGGGAGCAUUUGUAUUGCAAACCUUUCCAAAUGAAACAUUCGCCCUCGUCUUGCAGCUAUCAGCAUCACAGGUUGCCAAUCGUGAAUAGCAAAAAUUUGUAUUGCAAAAGACCCCAGCAAGAGCGGCGCUUGUCAUGCAAGCGAUGCGAUACACGCCUAGACUCUCCAGCAGAAAGAUUCAUACUUCUUUCAUGCAUGACAAAAAGUUUUCAUUUGGAAACUUCGCAUCACAAUAAAUUUUUGCAAUUUCAAGGGUGGGGGGGACUUUUCACUGUAAUAGUUUGACCAGGUGCUACCUACGCGCCCCGUCACGUUCUUUGUGUAUCGCCAGCUCACAGGGUUUCUGCUCAACUUGGAUUUUAACGGAAUAGCAGCAGAACCGACUGACGUAAGCGGAGUCCUGUCAGUUGCGUCGCACUCGCAGACCGCUGAUUUAAUACCAAUACAAGCAGGCUCGAACCAGAUUUCGGAAACCGGCACGGCUCUUGAUCAAGGAUACUUCUACUUCUCGUUUGACGGACAGCUGGACUCUCAGCGCGCCGCACUGGCACAAGUGGCAGGCUUUGACUAUGUCUUUUCGUACUAUGAUCGGAGCAGUGAUGCCGUUGUCCCCUUAGGCGGGCUAUUCGAUCCACUCGUGCGGAGCGUGAAGCUCUUUGUGCUUGAAACCGGAGAAUAUUUUGGACUCGGCUUGGAUUUUAAAGAACUCAACAGCGUUAUCAAAAAAAAUUUUGGCGUCAUGUGAUUUUCUGCGACUACAAAGUGUCGAGGCAUU